AUGACAAGAAUGAGAUUUCUGGUAGUGAGGAAAGGGGGAGACUUUUGUGAUGGUGAAGAUGAUGUACAAUCCAUUGGAGAAACUUGUACAAUUCCCAUAGAUGGUGUUGAAUAUAUGGGAAACAUCAAUUUCAUCACUUUAACAUUUGAAGACAUGAAGAAAUACCGGUUUUUAAAUCGUAAUCUUGCGUACGAUUUUUACAAUAUGUAUGCUCGGUUUAAUGGAUUUUCUGCCCGUCAGAGCGCUGUCAAGAAAAACUUUAAGAAAGAAAUUGUGCAGCAGAAUUUUGUCUGUCAUAAACAAGGUCAUAGAGAAGAUAGAUUUGGGGAAGAUGGAAUUCGGAAGCGUGAGCCUAGGAGGGACAUUAGGUGUGGAUGUUUAGCACACUGCAAGGUCCAUACUGAUGAAUCUGAAUCUGGUCACCGUUGGGUUGUUAAACAUCUCGAUAAUGGCCAUAGUCACUUGGUUGUCCCUAAUAAGCAUGUAGGUUUGCUAGUCGGUCAUAGGAAGAUGUGUGACAUGGAUGUUUCCCAGAUGAACAACAUGAUUGGAGUUGGCAUUUCACCUCCUCAAAUUUAUGCUUCAUUUGCUGGUGAAGCAGGUGAGUAUCUGAAUGUAAAUUUUAAUCAGCGGAACAUGUACAAUGAAUUGGAUAAGGAGAGGAGAAAGCAGGUGCCUGAUGUAAGAGGUGCAUUUGGCUAUCUGCGUACUUUGCGAAGCACAGAUCCAGACAUGUACAGGAGCCAUAAGAAGUCUAAGCAAGGAAAGUUGCUAAACCCGUGUUGGUGCGAUGGACAAAGUCGUAGAGACUAUAGUGUUUUUGGUGAUAUGUUAGCAUUUGAUGCUACGACCAUUGUGUUUGUCAUGGCAAUUGUAUCUGAUGAGAAAGAAGAAACCUAUGUAUGGCUGCUGGAAAAAUUUAUGGAUGCAAUGAAAGGCAAAGCUCAUGUAUCUGUCAUUACUUAUGGAUGCAAGUCCAUGAGAAAUGCGAUUAGAAGAGUAUUUCCCAAUGCCCAUCAUAAGUUGGUGUGCAUGGAAUCUAUUAGAGAACGCAACCAGGAAUGUGAAGAAGCCUAG